UUGUAAUAAUCCUUUGCAAAAUACGAUCAUUUACAUGGCUUUAUCUCAGCUUUUGGUAGAAGAUCGUCAAGUUCCCCUUAAUGCUACCUCUGAGCUUCCUGCUUUAUUCGAUGGAACCACGAGGCUGUACAUAAGCUAUACCUGCCCAUUUGCACAACGUGUUUGGAUUACCAGAAACCUCAAGGGUCUGCAAGAGAAGAUCAAAUUGGUUCCUAUAGACCUUCCAAACAAACCAGCUUGGUUCAAGGAGAAAGUAAAUCCUGCAAACAAGGUGCCUGCUCUUGAACACAAUGGCAAAAUCAUCGGGGAGAGUCUAGAUUUAAUCAAAUAUGUGGAUAUCAAUUUCGACGGUCCUUCACUUUACCCCCUCGAUCCUGAAAAGAGAGACUUUGGUGAAGACAUGUUGAAAUAUGUUGAUACCACAUUCAUUAAAAAUGUGUUUGCCUCUUUCAAAGGUGAUCCGGCAAAAGAUACGGCAUCGGUCUUCGACCACCUGGAAAAUGCUUUAAAAAAGUUUGAUGAUGGUCCAUUCUUCCUCGGAGAGCUUAGCUUGGUUGAUGUCGCAUAUAUCCCAUUCGUUCAACGAUUUCAAGUCUUCCUCGGCGAAGUCUUCAAGUACGAUAUUACUGCCGGACGUCCAAAACUAGCUGCGUGGAUAGAGGAAAUGAGUAAGAUGGUUGCAUAUACGCAGACAAAAACCGACUCGGAAUAUGUCAUUAAUUUUUUCAAGGGGUUCAUGUAAAUUUGUAUACCGAGUCAUCACCUCAUCGGACAUGUUGGCUUACAUGGCUAAUGAAGAAGACCGUGAGAACGUUACUAUGUAUGUGUCUGUGUGAGUGCCAUAAUCUUCUAGAUUUAAGCAAUUUGGCGUCGUUCUAAAAUAAACAAAUUUGCGUAUUGUUUCGGUUUUAUCAUAAGAGAUUUGGCAUCGUUCUUAACAAAAUGUUAGGCGGAACUUUUGUAUCAAACUUGCGUGUGUGUGUGUAGGAAUCUCAAUGAUAUACACAAACAGAUAAUUAAU